GGCGGGGGGCUCGGGGAUGGCGCGCUGCGGGACCUGAGCGCAGCCGGCGGAGAGGCCGCCUGGUGGCCGCGAUGGGCGCGGAGCGGGGCCGCCGCCGCGCCGGGCCGUGAGCGCCGCGCUCCGCCGCCGCCUCGCCGCCGCCCGGGCCCCUCGCAAGCGCCGGGCCGCCGGGAACAUGGCCCUGGAGCAGCUCGGCUCGGUCCUCAAAGUGUUGCUGGUCACGGUGCUGGUGGUGGAAGGGAUCGCCGUGGCCCAGAAGACGCAAGAUGGACAGAACAUCGGGAUGAGGCACCUCCCCGCCACCCAGUGUGGCGUCUGGGUUCGAACCAGCAACGGAGGGCACUUCGCGUCCCCCAGCUACCCUGACUCCUACCCGCCGAACAGGGAGUGCGUCUACGUCCUGGAAGCCGCCCCGCGCCAGAGGAUAGAGCUGGCCUUCGACGAGCACUUCUACAUCGAGCCGUCCUUCGAGUGCCGGUUCGACCACCUGGAGGUCCGGGACGGGCCCUUCGGCUUCUCGCCGCUCAUCGACCGGUUCUGCGGCGUGAGGAGCCCCCCGCUGAUCCGGUCGACCGGGAGGUUCAUGUGGGUCAAGUUCAGUUCCGACGAAGAGCUCGAGGGCAUGGGGUUUCGCGCGAAGUACUCCUUCAUUCCAGAUCCAGACUUUACGUACCUAGGAGACUGCCAGUUCGAGCUCUCGGGGGCCGACGGCAUCGUGCGCUCCAGCCAGGUGGAGCAGGAGGACAAGACGAAGCCCGGCCAGGCGGUGGACUGCAUCUGGACCGUCCGGGCCACGCCGAAGGCCAAGAUUUAUCUGAGGUUCCUGGAUUACCAGAUGGAGCACUCCAACGAGUGCAAGAGGAACUUCGUGGCCGUCUACGACGGGAGCAGCUCCAUCGAAAACCUCAAGGCCAAGUUCUGCAGCACGGUGGCCAAUGACGUCACGCUCAAAACCGGGGUCGGCGUGAUCCGGAUGUGGGCGGACGAGGGCAGCCGGCUCAGCAGGUUCCGGAUGCUCUUCACCUCCUUCGUGGAGCCGCCCUGCACGGGCAGCUCCUUCUUCUGCCACAGCAGCAUGUGCAUCAACAGCUCCCUGGUCUGCAACGGCGUGCAGAACUGCGCCUACCCGUGGGACGAGAGCCACUGCAGAGAGAAGAAACAGGCGGGCCUCUUCGAGCAGAUCACGCGCACGCACGGGACGAUCAUCGGCGUCACGUCGGGGGUCGUGCUGGUCCUCCUCAUCGUGUCCAUCCUAGUGCAGGUGAAGCAGCCCCGCAAGAAGGUCCUGGCGUGCAAGAGCGCCUUCAACAAAACGGGCUUCCAGGAGGUGUUCGACCCGCCGCACUACGAGCUGUUCUCGCUGCGGGACAAGGAGCUGGCCGCCGACCUGGCCGACCUGGCGGAGGAGCUGGACGGCUACCACCAGCUGCGCCGCUCGUCCUCGGCCUCGCGCUGCGUGCACGACCACCACUGCGGCGCGCAGGCGGCGAACAGGACCAACCUGGCGGCCGUGGAGCUGCCGUUCCGGAACGACUUCGCGCAGCCGCAGCCCAUGCAGACGUUCAACAGCACCUUCAAGAAGAGCAGCUACUCCUUCAAGCAGGCGCGCGAGUGCCCCGAGCAGGCGCUGGAGGACCGCGUGAUGGAGGAGAUCCCCUGCGAGAUCUACGUGCGCGGCCGAGAGGACGCGGCGCAGGCGUCCAUCUCCAUCGACUUUUAGCCGCCGGCCGCGGGCGGCGCGCACCCCGCGGGCGUGCGCGUGCCCCUGGAGCGCCCCCUGCGUUCCGCCGAGAGCCCUGCUCGCGGGUCGCGGCUGCGAGGACUUCCCUUCCCGGCCACCCGCUGCGGUGGUGACGUGUGUAUCAUCUCAGGCGGUCGACGCGCGUUGAGCGAACCCAGGAGCGUGCUCCGCUCGGUGAGAAACGGUAGCCUGUGUUGCUCGGUGUCCUGCAAGCGGCGCAGCGGCCAGAUGGCACCCAAGGGUCCGGCGACAGGAACCCGCUCUUUUUUAAAAAAAAAAUAAGAUUUUAUUUUAGUUUUAGAGAGGGGAAGGGAAGGAGAAAAGAGAGAGAAACAUCAGUGUGCAGUUGCCUCUCCAGCGCCCCCUAAUGGGGACCUGUCCUGCAACCCAGUCCUGUGCUGUGACUGGGGAUCGAACCGAUGACCCUUUGGUGGCGCUCCAUCCACUGAGCCACACCAGCCAGCGCAGGAACCUGCUCUUGAUGGACACCGCUUGGUCAAUAUUCUGAUCCCACAAUACGUUUAAAGAUAAGAUUUUUCUCUAUGUUCCUUUUAUUUUUUUUUCUUGCAACUUGGUGGGUUGCGCAAGCCAGAGAUUGUACCAUUUCACCCUCUUCCAUCGGUGUACGUGGCGUGAGCACCGCGCGAGUUUCCACAUCGGCAUUUGUUCUAGACUUUGUCAGACACGCGCGUUACCAUGGUGAGCCCAAUUAAGACCGAGCGCUGAGCUUCCUCCAUCUGUUUCUUCCUGACUAAUUUCUAGAUUGUUCCCUUCUAAUUACUGGACCCUUAGUCUUUAUUUUCUGUAAGAAGCAGAUGAUACGGUGUGAUUUAUGGCCUGGAAGUCUAUAUUUGGUCUUAGUUAUAGUACAAAAUUUCACAGUUCUGGGAUGUAUGUGCCAUUGCCAAUUAUGACUAAAAACUUGGGGGGAUGAAAACUUAUAGAAAUCCUUUGAAAUUUCCCGAAUCUGGCCACACCCAGGGGCAGCCCAUCCAUCCCUGUCGGCAAAGUCACACUCGGUACCUUGGUGGAGAGGCUGGUGGUUUUGCUCAUUCCCAGCGGUUCUCAUCAGCAGGCGUGUUCCCCGUUAUUUUUAUGAAGAGAUUAGUUAGCUCCCUCUGUAUCCGUUUACUUUGUAGCGUACGGUACCCCAGGCCGUCUGGAAGUUCAAGGGAAACUCCCAUGAACUUGUAGAAGCCUUUCCAUCACUGCUUGCGUGGGACAAUAUAUUUCUCUAGGUCUUACCAAGAAUAACAAUUCCCACUUUUUUUUUUAAUGCACAUUUGACCUGCUGGUUUUUAUUGAUGGCAUAAAAACAAUAAUUUAUAAACGCGAUGCAAAAAUUCAUUGUGCUUUUUCAGACUUUUGGUAUCGUUUGAUCCUGGACAAACUUGAGGAGUGGAAUCAAGAUGCGCGCCCUGCAGGACAGAUUUCCGGCGGUGUUCCCCAUAGCCGAUCGGCAGGGAGGGGAGUGGACCCUGUAAUUUAUUGUAAAGACCUCGGUAAUGUGUACAUAAGCUCUGUGUGUCCUUUUGUUACUGCAUCCGGUUUACGAUACAGAUUUUCGCUGUGUGGUAUUUAUUGCUCUAUAUCACUACACAAACCCUCUAUGUAUACAUUGUUCCAUGAUUCUUCAGUCCUGUUAUUCAUGGCACUGAGGUUUUGGGUCUCAGCUGUGGAAAGGAAUCUGUCUGUUGAAUUAUAACCAGUUCAGACUUGCCAUUCAAGCAGGAUACGUUCUCAUUUCCUAUGUUUUUGCAUAGUAAAUUCUCAAUGAAUUGAGAAAUUGAAAUUUCACUGGAUUUUGUUAAUUCCUUUAAAUAGCACAUCUGUGUUUUCUCAGAGUAGUGGGAGCUGUGACCUUAAAUGAUACAUAUAUAAUACUCCUUCAAAAUGAAUUUUAUUGUCGCAUUUUUUACUUUUUAAAAAGCAUAGAAUAUCCAGAGGCUUAGAAAACAUGCACAUGAUGUAUAUUCAUGAUUUGAGGAUUUUUUUUAAGAUCAGCAUCAUUUCUCAUUUCAAAAAUGCAGCUCGGGACGGUGGGGAGACGUCAUGAAUGUGGUACGCAGUAAAUCAACGGACCAGGGCCAGGUGACGCAGCUCAGUUCCCUCACAGCUGUGUCCAGCAGGUCUGUCCACAGGUGACCCGUCAGCCACCAUCGGGACAACGUAAUAAAUACUUCAUGACAACCCAUCUCCUUCCCGAUGCUGAAAGGGAAAUGAGCAUAUUUCUGUGUAACGUAAUAAUAUCCAUGGCAAAAACAGCUGUUCUCCACCUUUAACAUCUAAGUUAGAGUAGAAAAUAAUAUAGUAUGCUGAGCUACAUUAUCUAGAAUCACUGUAACUUUACUUUUGAAGUUUGUAUCACGUGUGAAACGGGCAGGAAGAGGCCCACCAAAUACCAUCUUUAUGGACACAUUUUCCAUGGAAACAGCACAACACGGCAGGUCAAGUUCAGACAACAGACUCGGCUCUGCAUCGUACAGCGGCCGGAACCAACGACAGCAAUGGUUUCUGUGUGUCACGACAGCAAACCCGGACACCUGCUGAGGCUGGCCUUCUCUUACUCUACAGGAGGGGAGGGUCUUUAGCCAGGAUGUGGCUUCCUCGGAAGUUAAACAAGAUGCAGAACGCAGAGAGAGGCCCCGUGGCUGCCCUAGGCCGGCGCAGGCAGGGCAGGACACGGUCCACCCCGCGGGGACCGAGCUGAAGAGCCGGUGGCCGCCCGCUGAGCCGGUCUCGGACCGCCCUGUGGCGUGUGCCUUCGUUGACCUAGAGGUGGCCACUGGAUUUCCGAUGGCGCUCGGUCAGCAUCCAGCAGUCCGCGCCGGGAAGAGGACAGAACUCAUACACGUUAGGCAUGAUUUCUAGCAUAACGCUAACUGUUGUACAUAGAGCCUUUUAUCUUUGAGGUCAGUGAGAGAACUUUUCCAACCGUUUACUAAAGUAAAAGCCAUACAUUUUACCAGUGGGAGGUGGAAGCCCACCAUCUCACGGGGGUUUGCGUACCCUUCACGCAGACCUCGGGGACCAGUGUUAGCCUGCGAGGGGACACGCCGGCCUGGGGGACACCUUCCACGCAGGAAGACCCGCACCGCAGCUGUACGGGAGCACCGUCAGUCUUCUGUGGCACAGUGGCUCCUGCACGUCCCAAGAAACCUGACGACGUCCCCACCGCCAUGUCUAAGGUGUUUAGGACCAAAGUGGGAGGCUCCUUUGGUGGGGGUCAAGGUCUCCUUCUGAACGGUCGUCCAGAUCCACGGAUGUCUCCCGAGCAGGGCGCCCCCUCGCUUCAGGGGCGCGUCACCGGGUGCGCUGGGACAGGAGGGGCCUGCGUGGUUCGGGGAAUGAUUCUCGGUCCCAGGCAGCACAUGUGUGUGCGCAGGGUGGCGUGUGCCGCGCUGUUCGCGUCGGAUUAUGUCACGUAUCGGAAAGAAUGUGUCUUGGGUCUGACUCAUCAGACUGGUCAGGGGGAAUCUUGAGUUUGGGGGGUUUUCUAAGAACCGAGAAAGAGGAUCUGGUCCAAGUUCAUGGCUGAGGAGGCUGGAGCCGGAGAGGAGAAGGGGCUCCCUGUCUCGGAGCGAGCCCCCCGGGGUUCCGCCGUCGCCCCGCUCUCCAGUUUUCAAGUCGGCAGUCUUAAACGGCGGCCCCGAUGGCCCGGGUGAGCUCGUCGUUCUGACUUACAGUGUAAAAUUUACCUUGUAACCGUUUUCUAUCAAAGCAUCGUGUUUUCCUUUUUUUCUCUUUACCUAUGGAAACCGUGUCAUUCUACGACGUGUGUAGCCAGGGUUUCUUGGCACCUACAAACGCGGCAAGACAAUGACUGUGAAUUCUUAAUAAAACAAUGUUUGUUAACAAUCACAGACUUGAUUGGAGCGUCAGUGUUUUUGCUUCUGUGAUCUUUUUUAAACUUAAAGGAAACAGUGUGUCCUCGGGAAAUCAAACAUCUGUGUGUUGCCUGUCUUGAGUUUGGAGAAUGAUUUGAGUUCGGAGCCGCGAGUGGUUGUCUUUUUCAGCGCCCGGCAAAAUCGGUGGUCUGUGCUUUGGGUGCCUCUGCUCAUCCUAAGAAAUCCGAAAUGCUGGAUUUGCCUUUCCUGGGUAACUCUUUGAUGUAUUUCUGUGAUUGGUUUAAGGGCAACAAAAGCCCAAGACACUAAAUGACUGGGGUGCGUGUCUAGUAUGGACUGCCUUGAGCACGUAUUUUUAAAGAAUGGAUUUUCCUUUUAAAGAUGAAUUCCGGGCCGUAGGGAAUUCUCCUAUGCUAAUCUGGGGCUUGACACUGCACGGUAAAGAAUUUGACCCCGAACCUGAAAUAAGGACUCGUGCUUUGAUUAUCUUGCUGGCCUCGGUUUCCAAAG